AUGGGAGGAAGAAUCAUUGGCUUUUUGGCCGGUGUGACUGCUACGGGCGCCGUGUUCAGCGCCACCAAGGGGUUGAUGCAGAAGAUGGAAACCUUCAACCAUACAAACUUCACCGAAAUGAAGGACCAGAUUGAAAACCGUAUUCUCACCGACAAGGGAAUCGAUAAGAACCCACAACCACCUAAUAGAAGAGUUACGCAGUUGACGAGGCCUUCAAUUCUAGAAACGUGCAAGGACUACUGGAACGAGGAGUUCAUCCAGGGCGUGAACUGGGUGUAUUCGAUCAACUGGUACCAGUGGGGGCUUGAUGCUGACCGCAAGUUGAACAAGUUGACCGACAAGUUGACGAGAAAAAUUGCCGAGGCAGGCAAGGAAGAGGGUAAAUAA